UGACUCGCGGGUUUGCUUGUGCAGUGGCGGUUCGUUUGGAAAAUCGACCUAUUCCUCUUGUGUUGAUUUUAGCUGCUACCAGGUUAAAAACGUUGCACUUCAAAGAUCCUGUGAUGUCAUCUCCUGUGCAGCCGCACCUAGCUCCAUAUCCGCUCUCUGAUUGGAUGGGGCACAGUUUAGUCACGCCCCGCAGCAGUGUCAGCUCCGCCCCUCGACAUCUAGACUCCUCCUUCUGCUCGGAGUUCAGUCCCCUGCCCCCCUCCCCUCUCCCCACAGACACACACACACCCCGGAGCCUGGAGGAGAUGCUGCAACACACACAGGACCUACCUCUGCCCCUCAAACUACAGCAGCUCAAGCAGUGGCAGCAGCACAUGCAGGAACAGCUGAAGGCCCAUCAGAGGGAUCAGCAAAGACUUCUGGGAAUGGAGCUGGCAGAUUACCCAGACUCCCCAGUGCUGAGUGGGAGGGGCUACCCAGAGUCCCCAGUGCUGAGUGGGAGGGGCCCAGUGCUGAAUGGGAGGGGCUACCCAGAGUCCCCAGUGAUGAGUGGGAGGGGCCCAGUGCUGAGUGGGAGUGGCUCUACAGCAGCUUCUUCAUUGGAGACGGAAACACCCACACGCUGCUCACAGGAGCCAUGGACUCUGGAAGCAGAUGGCUCCAGCUCCAACAGCACAACUCCCCGGCAGGACACUCAGUCACCAGAGCCCACACAAGAGGCAUCCACACAGGACAGGCCCAUAAGGCCUGGUGUAGGACGGAGAGCUCACACAUUUGAGGAACUUCUGGAAGAAGAGCUGAAGAUGGAGCAGGAGAGGCAGAAGGGAAAGAACCCCGUGGGGGACCAGACGGCGGGGCCUAAACGCUCAUUCCUGCGUAAGGGAGAAGGCCUGUUGAGGUUUAACAGAACGUCAUUAAAACCCACCGCACAGAUCUUUGCAGAACCUCUAGCCAAGCACCCCGAGUCCAGAGAGUCGCUGACAGGGCAGAGGGAACCACAGAGGAACAAGCCAAGACCGGCCCGCUCCAGACCCUCGGAACCCAGCGCACGAGGCCACAGCCAGAACCGGCCUGCAGCUGCACGACCCGGAGGAACCAAGCCCAGACCCGCCAGCGCUGCCGCCAGAACCCUCCAGCGCAAGACCGCCUCCCUGGCGUCGCACACACCCACCCUGGCGUCGCACACACCCACUCUGGCGUCACACACACCCACUCUGGAGUCACCCACUCUGGAGUCACACACACACUCGCAGUCUCUCUGCAGCGCUCCCGUUGCUAUGGAGACAUCAUUUGAGGUGUGGCAGCGUGAGCGUCAGCGCGAGUGGGUGGAGCUUGGUGAGUUUGAGUUGCUGGAGGUGGCGGCUGAGGAGCUUUCAUUCACCUCUUGCUCCUCCUCCAUCUUGCAGGCCCUCGGAACACACACACACACAAACACACGCCGCCUCUCCUCCACGCCAAUCAAAGCACACCACACUGUCAAAACGCACACCACUGACCACAACACUGUCAAAACGCACACCACUGACCACAACACUGUCAAAACACACACCACUGACUCACUCGCCAUCGUUGGACACACACGCACGGCUGGCACACUCUUUAGAUCUGCAGACACACGCACGGCUCACACACCCUCUAGAGCUACAGACACAAGCGCAGUUGAGCUGCCCAUCAGUCUGUGUGCUGAGGAAGACGAGGGCCCUGGUGGUCAUGAACACAUGCGUGACGAAGAGGAGGAGGAUGGGGAGGAAGAUGAUGAAGAGGUCACUCGGGUUGCCCCCAACAGCCACUGCUUGCCUGUGACCACACCCCCCUAUGACAGAUGCACCUAUCAGGAGCCAGAAGGGGUGGGGCAUGAGGAGGGGUCUGCGGCUUUGAGUGACAGGGUGGAGGUGGAGUUUGAUGAUGACGACACUUGGGCAGAUAUUUCCCAGGAUGCACAACAGCCAGAGAGGACGCUGAGGAGGAAGGUUGCCGGGGCAACAGGCGUGGAGUGGGUUUCGUCGGAACCUGAUGAUGAGGAGAGAGAGGCUCACACACACACUCCCACACACACACACCCUUCCCAGCUCGUGGCCAAGCUGUUCCCUGCCCUGCAGCCAAAGCCACGCCCUACACAAGUCACUCAAACCAGCGCUCAGCCAAUCAGAAAUCAGGAGAGUGAAGGUGUGUGUGAGGUGAUGCGUGAGCGACUUGUGCAGCUGGAGCUGGAGAUCGAGCGCUUCAGAAUGGAGACGGCAGAACUCACCCGCCAGAAGACCAGCCUCGCCACGCAUCACCAGGAGUUACGGAAAGAGAAGGCGGAGUUUGAGGCCAAGCGCUCCCAGACAGAGGCUGAGUGGGCGGAGUUUAAGCAAGCAGAGAUGAGGAAGCUGCAGAGGGACCGGAAACUGUUCGAGAAGCAUUCUGCUGCCACGCGCAGCACACACACCUCCGCACAGAGAGAGGAGAUGCAGGUGCUGAAGCAGCAGCUGUGUGAUCUGCGGGAGGAGUGUGUACGUAAGGAGCAGCGGUGGAAGAGCACACACACACGUCUGCAGCAGCAGAUCCACACACUCACCACACACAACCAGGAGCUGCGCCAGCAGAUACACACGUUGGAGAACCUCCGACUCACCGGCUGGAGAACGCAGCGAGAGGAGAGGAGAGCCGGGGACGAGAGAGGAGCGCAGCGAGAGGAGAGGAGAGCCGGGGACGAGAGAGGAGCGCAGCGAGAGGAGAGGAGAGCCGGGAACGAGAGAGGAGCGCAGCGGAGGAAGACAAAGGAGAAGGGAGAUGAGAAAAGACCAGGCGUCCCACAUAGUCCAAAGAAUAACACAAGAAGUUCAGAUGACAGUGGCCCUGAAGGAAACACACUGAACUCAGGAAGUCCCAAAUCUGACGGUGAUGUGGCGCGUAUUGGGCGUGUCUCUGAUGUCACACAUGCUGAACUACAUGCAGCCCCUGGAGUGCAACUUGCUAGCCAGCAGGAGGGAGAGAUAACACACCCAGAUGGAAAGAUAGAGCGAGUGUUUAAAGAUGGCAGCAGGUUGCUGGUCUUUCCUAACGGAACACAGAAGCUGCUCUCUACUGACGGUUCAGCAAAAGUCACUUUCUUCAAUGGAGACAUCAAGGAGGUCUGCCCAGACCACAGAGUAGUGUACUUUUUUGCAGAUGCACAGACAACACAUAUAACCUUCCCCGACGGCACAGAGCUACUACAGUUUCCUAACGAUCAGACAGAGAAACUUUACCCGGAUGGGAGGAAGGAGAUUGUGUUUCCUGAUCAAACUCUGAAGACACUUUACCCUGACGGCAGGGAAGAGAGUGUCCUACCAGAUGGCACCAUCAUCCGCCUCAAUACGCAGAGGGGCGUGCGAGAGGUGGUGUUUGUGAGCGGUGAGCGGGAGGAGCACACGGCGGAAUGGCGUCGGCGCGUCUACGCAGACGGAACGGUGAAGACUGUUUAUAGUGACGGAACCCAAGAGACGCGCUACGCCAGCGGCCGGCUGCGCAUCAAGGACCCCCAGGGGCGCGUCGUCACGGAUACACUCACCCCCUGACACGUUCCAGGGGUGUUAUCAAGGAGAGACAGCUGACUCCCAGCUACCGAGAGUUUGGAAUGAAGACAUUUUUAGUUUGUGUGAUGAUUUGUGUUUGUGUGUGUGUGUGUGUGUGUUAUUUAUUUUGCCUUCAACAUGUUAUUUUUUUGUUAAUAAAUGGUGUCCUUAGUAUUACA